GUGUAUAUUUAAGUAUUUUCUUUGCACAGCUUAGGUGAGUGUAACAAUAAUAACUACAUAAAAAAGUUUAUAUCCAGCAAAAGGUAUAUAAAAGAACAUUAUGUUUACUUACUGCAAACACAUUGAAACUCUACAGUCAUUGGAUAAAAGAGAAAUAAACCAACUAAUAGAUAAUUUUAUUGUUAACUAAGUACUAAAAUUAUCAUCAUUGUUGACAUUUAUAUCGAACUAGUUCUGCUUGCGGCUAUCCUACUUCUGUUAUAAAUCCAAAAGUUGAUUUGUGAAAGAAGAAUAAAACAAUUAAUUGAUGUUUAAUGUUAUCAAGUACUUAUAAGUUAUUUAUCAAUAUAGGAUAACAUAAGAUGUAUCGUGAAGACAAUGAGUUUCAAAAGUAUGCCACAACUACCUAUGAGCCCAUCAAAAUUGGAUCUAUAGAUGGAACAGAUACGGAGCCACACGACCGAAGUAUCCUGCGAGCUGUCUACUCCGAGUAUAUCCCUAAUAAACAAGUGAAAGGUGAUCCACAUCAUACUGUAUUUGUAGCAAGACUGAAUCCAAGAACAACACAGAACACAAUUCACUCUGAAUUCUCGAAGUUUGGAAGAAUUAUAAACUGUCGACUAGUUAAAGACAUUGUGACUGGCAAGUCUAAGCAAUAUGCAUUUGUGGAAUAUGAAUCACUGUCCAGUGUUGAUCGGGCUCUAAGGGAAAUGCAUCAGAAGUACAUUGAAGGUGCUGAAGUCAUUGUGGAGAAGGAGGCAGAAAGGAGGUUGCAAGGGUGGAAACCAAGGAGGCUUGGGGGAGGUUUUGGAGGGAAAAAAGAAUCUGGGCAACUGCGUUUUGGUUGUAGAGAUAGACCAUUUAGAAAACCUCUAUUAGUAACCUCAAAAAGUGAUAGAACAAAAUAAAAUAGACUAAUAGAAAAUUAAUUAACACACAAAAAUACAGAUGUGAUUUUUCAUUAGCAUGCAAAGUGCUUGAAUAAAUUUUUUUUAAUGAUUGCAAUCA